CCCAGGACAUCCCACACCACGUAACAACUCAUACAAAGGGAUCGUGAUGCAGUCUGUGACACGCGCCUCCUCAGCGACAUGGUCCUUCGGAGUUUUGGUUGCGUUGGUGGCAACUGUCCUCUUGUGUGGGAGUGCGGAUGCAGCCCCUUCACAGCCAUCGCUUGCCCUGGUCAGAAGGCUGGCGCCUGCCAUCAGACAAAAGCUUGAGGAAAGCCACAUGUCUCCGGCACUGAUGGAGGAAAUAGUGACUGAUUUCGAAGAUCCCGAACUGAUGGAUUUCUACGACGCGGAGAAGCGACAGUUCGACGAGUACGGCCACAUGAGGUUCGGCAAGAGAGGCGGCGGCGCCACCGAAUACGACGACUACGGACACCUCCGCUUCGGGCGCAGCCUCGGCCGCGACAGACACACGGCGAAGCGCCACUUCUGAAGUCGCUCUCGUCCACGCGAGACGAAUUCAACGAAAUCGUUCACUCUUUCCCUUCUCGCCCCCGCCCCCCUCCCCAAACAAGAAUGAAGCGGUUGUUUAUUAUUGUAAGACAUCCAACUGAGCGUUCCUAGUUUGUUCUGCCUUACGAAUUCGCAAAUGCUCUGUGAUUAUUUUCAGUUUGUUGGUUCUCAGAACGUUGCAUUUAUCCUCUGAACACCUUUUAAGAAAAGGGUAAUGUCUGAGUAAGGCCAUCUGCAGAUCUCUAUAUUAUACUGUGUAUAAACGUCUUUUUUUGUGGCUGGAAUAUGAAAAUA